GAGCCCGGCCCUUCCGGCUUUCCGUACUUCACCAGGGCCUGGAAGGAGAGGAGCGAGUCGACGUGAUCUGAUGACGCGCGCCCUCUUCGCGACGAACAGUGAUGAUGUCAUAGAAGACCCGCCCAUCCACCCGCGACCCACAUCCGAUCGGUACCGGAGCGGGAGGUGAGGGGUCGGCUCGCGGAUCCAGCUGCAGAGCGACGUGGGGAAUUGGAAUGGUGCUUUGGAUCUUAUGGAGGCCAUUUGGAUUCUCAGGAAGAUUUCUGAAACUGGAAAGCCAUAGCAUAACUGAAUCAAAAUCGUUGAUUCCAGUAGCUUGGACAUCCCUGACACAGAUGCUUUUGGAAGCACCUGGUAUUUUCUUAUUGGGUCAAAGAAAAAGAUUCUCAACCAUGCCAGAAAUAGAAACACAUGAGAGAGAGACUGAAUUGUUUUCACCACCUUCUGAUGUCCGAGGCAUGACAAAACUUGAUAGAACAGCUUUUAAAAAGACAGUCAACAUUCCAGUGCUUAAAGUGAGGAAAGAAAUAGUCAGUAAAUUGAUGCGAUCCCUAAAAAGGGCAGCAUUGCAGCGCCCAGGCAUAAGACGUGUGAUUGAAGAUCCGGAAGAUAAAGAAAGUAGACUAAUCAUGUUGGAUCCCUAUAAAAUAUUUACUCAUGAUUCCUUUGAGAAAGCAGAACUCAGUGUUUUAGAGCAGCUUAAUGUCAGUCCACAGAUCUCUAAAUACAAUUUGGAACUAACAUAUGAAAACUUUAAGUCAGAAGAAAUCUUGAGAGCUGUGCUUCCUGAAGGUCAAGAUGUAACUUCAGGGUUUAGCAGGAUUGGACAUAUUGCACACCUAAACCUUCGAGAUCAUCAGCUGCCUUUCAAACAUUUAAUUGGCCAGGUUAUGAUUGACAAAAAUCCAGGAAUCACCUCAGCAGUAAAUAAAAUAAAUAAUAUUGACAAUAUGUACCGAAAUUUCCAAAUGGAAGUGCUAUCUGGAGAGCAGAACAUGAUGACAAAGGUUCGAGAAAACAACUACACCUAUGAAUUUGAUUUUUCAAAAGUCUAUUGGAAUCCUCGUCUGUCUACAGAACACAGCCGUAUCACAGAACUUCUCAAACCUGGGGAUGUCCUAUUUGAUGUUUUUGCUGGGGUUGGGCCCUUUGCCAUUCCAGUAGCAAAGAAAAACUGCACUGUAUUUGCCAAUGAUCUCAAUCCUGAAUCUCAUAAAUGGCUGUUGUACAACUGUAAAUUAAAUAAAGUGGACCAAAAGGUGAAAGUCUUCAACUUGGAUGGGAAAGACUUCCUCCAAGGACCAGUCAAAGAAGAGUUAAUGCAGCUGCUGGGUCUGUCAAAAGAAAGAAAACCCUCUGUGCACGUUGUCAUGAACUUGCCAGCAAAAGCUAUAGAGUUUCUUAGUGCUUUCAAGUGGCUUUUAGAUGGGCAGCCAUGCAGCAGUGAGUUCCUUCCCAUAGUGCAUUGUUAUAGCUUUUCCAAAGAUGCUAACCCUGCUGAGGAUGUUCGGCAAAGGGCUGGAGCUGUGUUAGGCAUUUCUCUGGAGGCAUGCAGUUCAGUUCACCUGGUAAGAAAUGUGGCCCCAAACAAGGAAAUGCUGUGCAUCACCUUUCAGAUUCCUGCCUCUGUACUCUACAAGAACCAGACCAGAAAUCCAGCGUGGGAGCAGUGUGAAGGAGAAGAGGCGAGAACGACCCCUGGACCGACCAAAGCCUGCGCGCUGCUGCAUCCCACACCCGGUGCCCACAUCCCGCAGCCACCGCCGCCGCCAUGCCCAAGAGAAAGACUGAAGGGGAUGCUAAAGGAGAUAUAGCCAAGGUGAAGGAUGAACCACAGAGAAGAUCUGCGAGGUUGUCUGCUAAACCUGCUCCUCCAAAGCCAGAGCCCAAGCCUAAAAAGGCCCCUGCAAAGAAGCGAGAGAAGGUACCCAAAGGGAAAAAGGGAAAAGCUGAUGCUGGCAAGGAGGGGGAAGGUGCUGGAGAUCCCAAGUGAAGUGUGUGCAUUUUUUAUAACUGUACUUCUGGUGACUGUACAGUUUGAAAUAUUCUUUAUCAAGUUUUAUAAAAAUGCAGAAUUUUGUUUUACUUUUUUUAAGCUAUGUUGUUAGCACACAGAACACUUCAUUGUUGUUUUUGGGGGAAGGGGUAUGUGUCACUAAUAGAAUAUCUCUGAAGCUGGAUUGAUGUGGGGAAAACAUCUUUCCCUUCUAGUUUUGAGAGACUUCCUCUUGGCUCCCAGGAGGAGGGAUUUCCUGACUUUGACACACAUGGCCACCUUGGCACAAAAGCCUUGUGGUAUGGAAAAACAAAUUCGUUUUUAUGUCUUCUUUUCCCUUUCCGUCUUUCAGCAUAGACUUAAUCCCCUUAAGCCCAGACAUCUGUUGGGACCUGACCCCCAGUCAUUGGUUACCAGUGUGUCUGGCAAUCUGGACUUUCCAGUGAUGCCACUGAAAUGGCACCUGUCAAAAGAGCAGUGGUUCCAUUUCUAGAUUGUGGAUCUUCGGAUAAAUUCUGCCAUUUUCAUUUCACUUCCUGAAAGUCAGGGUUGGCUUGUGAAAAGUUGUUAAACAACAUGCUAAAUGUGAAAUGUUAACCCUCUAAACUUUCCCUGUUCAGAGCAUCAGAUGAGGACUUCAUUGGGUUUUAUAGUGGCUGAUUUUUGGUAGUCCAUUGAAGAAGAGAGUUUGAAAGUUGUAUACUGUUAAUGACUGUCUGCCCAUGUCCUGCCUGAAAUACCAUGAUUGUUUAUGGAAGUGUCUUUAAUAAAGCUGGAUACAGUUUGAAAGAAAAAAAAA